AUGGCCCAAACUGUAGCACGCAUUCGUUGCAGCGAAUGUCCUCAGCUGUCCGACGCAUGCUACCUAGACGCAGCCGCCGCGCCUCCUUUUCCGUCUGGCCUAGUCAAAACCGUGGCGGAGGAUCUCUCGAGCAAGCUCUUAUCCAACCCACAUUCGAAGUCGCCCUCUGCCAUCUCAACUGCAGACCAGAUCGCGUCUAUUCGCCUGCGUGUCAUGCGAGAGCUGUUCGGCAUCCAAGACACACACAACUGGCAUCUCAUCUUUACCUCAGGCGCGACAGCCAGCCUCAAGCUCGUCGGCGAAUCUUUUGAGUGGGCAUCGCUCGCGAAAUCAAGAAUUGGCAAGCCAGGAUUUGCAUACCUGCUCGAGAGUCACACCAGCGCGGUUGGUAUCCGUGACCUGGCGGCGCGUGCAGGCGUUGCCAGUUCCAGCUUCACUGAAGACGAUGCGAUCGAUGUCGAGGAAGAUGGAUUGGUGGUGCUACCUCUGCAGUGCAAUGCCACUGGAAGGAGGUACGACAACCUGAUGAAGCGGGUUUGUCGCUCAAGAGACGGCCGCGGGCUCACGAUGAUCGACGCAGCCUCAAUUCUGUCUUCAUCUCAGAGACUUGACUUGUCACGACUGUCGCCUGAAGAGACGCCAGACAUGUUCGCUUUCUCCUUCUACAAGAUAUUCGGGUACCCCACCGGUAUCGGAGGUUUGCUCGUCAAAGCUUCCGCUGCACCUCAACUUCGCAGCAAGACGUACUGUGGUGGUGGCACAGUCGACUCGAUCAUUUCCGAGACUCGAUGGACGAAACCGAAGAAGGACCUCGAAGCAAGAUUUGAGGAUGGCACGGUCAACUUUCACGGUAUAUUGGCCGUCGCCAAGGCCAUGGACUACUAUCAACAAACCUUCGGGUCUUGGGAUCUGCGAAGAGACUACGUGGCUGGACUUCGCAGCAGUCUGUUCCAAGCUAUGCAGAACAUGAGACACGGUAACGGCAAUCCAGUUGUCAAGCUCUACGUCGGAUUGAACACAGAAGGAGAUUCCGGUCCGAUCAUCAACUUCAACAUCCUCACCGCCGACGGUUCCGUCGUACCACCACAAGAGGUCGAUCGCCUGGCAAGCAUCAGCAACAUCCAUCUCCGAAUGGGGCGACACUGCAAUCCCGGCUUCGUCACGUCUCAGCUAGGUGUGACGGCCGCUCAGCUGAAGCAAGAAUACGCCGACGGUGUGGGCUGUGACGAUGCUGGAGAUGCCAGCAGCUCCAAAGUAUCCGCAUCGCUUCGAGCCAGCUUGUGUCUUCUCAACACUGAUGAGGACAUUGAGCGGCUUGUCGGCUUUAUCGCGCGAUUCUUCCUCUCUUCAUCUCCAUCGUCGCCACACAGCUCGAGCACUGAUCACAGCAAGAACGUUCUGGAACGACGCUUCGAAUUGGCCAACAUCACGGUGUAUCCGAUCAAAUCAUGCUCUGGUCAGAAUCUCUCACCGGGCGAAAGGUGGAAGCUGACGCAGCACGGACUCGAGUUCGACCGAGAAUGGAUCGUUAUGAAUCUAGCAAACGGAAAGGCGCUCUCGCAGAAGCGCUUCCCCAAGAUGGCGCUCAUUCGACCACGCAUUGAUCUUCGCGCUCGUACCAUGAUCAUGAGUAUUGCUGGGACGACGCAGACAUUCAACUUGGAUCUGGAUGACGAGACUCAAUAUACCGACGAUACAUCCGACCUUCAGAAGGCUGAGAUCUGCGGCGUCGAAGUUCGACCACGAGCGCACAAGAGCGCACGACUGCGUUCCAUGCUGACCGACCUGCUCGGCGUCUCAUGCACCUUGGCAAGGCAAGCCAUCGACGUCAGACGUCACUCGAAACUCGACGCUGGUAGCGACAAGAUACCCCUCAUCUUCAGCAACGAGUCGCCGUUCCUGCUCAUCAACUCUGCCAGUGUCGACAGAGUCAGCGAGUGGAUCGAACAGGACACGGUGUCCUCGACCUCUCCUGGGAUGGAAGAGCUGGCCUCCGACUCGGGCUACUCCUCAGCCACACACGUCGAAGACAAGGACAAGCAAGUCGGAGUUCAAGCUCAAGCUGCCAGCUUCCGCGCCAACUUCCUGCUUUCUCCCGCGAACGGCGAGGGGGUGUUCUUUGCAGAGGAUGGAUUCAGCAGAGUGGUGCUGGGAGGCAAGCACGUGUUUGGUGUGCUGGGAGAGUGCAGAAGAUGCCAGAUGGUCUGCGUCGAUCAAGUCACCGGCGAAGUCAAGCCGCAGACGCUGAAGACAUUGGCAAAGCAUCGAAGGAACGCGAAAGGAAGGAUCAUUUUUGGAAGUCAUUUGGCUUGGCUGCCUGAUCUGACGCAUGACGAGGUCGAGCAGGGUAGCGAGGAGGCAGCUCAGGUGUGGAUUGGGAUGCAGGUCGUCGCUACCUAG